CCAUCGCCACGGAGAACGCCGCUCCAGUGCCACGAAGGUGGAAGACCAUCGCCCAACGGCAGCCGCCGCCUCAGCAACAGCUGCUUGAGGAAAAGAAUCUGGAGCCACAGUGGGAGGGACCAUACCAAGUACUUCUCACUUCUUUUACGGCAGUUAAGAUCAAAGAACACAACUCCUGGAUUCACCAUACUCGGAUCAAGAAGGCCCCUACAACUUCCUGGAAGGCAAUAGCAGGUGAUAAUGAACUAAAACUGAAGCUCACACGAGUAAAAUGAGCACAUUGGGGUCAAGAAUAUUUAAUAACCCAGCUUUUAGAAAGUCAGUUGAGAAAAUUAUUUUUGUGAUCAUAAUUAUAAACCAAAGAUUGGAAAGGGCUGAAAGUGCUGAGUGGCCUUGGUCCGAAGCCCUGACAACUGAGGAUAGAAACAUUACUGGUAAAUUGGCGGUUAUAGUCCUGUGGCGAACAGAUGCUGACUAUCCAUAUAUGUUACCAAAAUGGGAGAAAUUGGAAAAAGAGUGGAUACUCAAAAGAAUCAUAGGAGAUGAAAUUAAAAUAGGGUGUCAAAUGAUUAAUGGAACAACCCACGAAAAGGUAACUGGAAUUCUGAUAGAAUCAACCUCCGAGGGUGGCCAUCGAGAGGGAUGUGUCCGCCCAGGUAAAUUAGAUUGUUGGUAUGAUUUUAUGUUAACACAGACUGUUGUGGUCAGUUGUUUCUGGGCUAAUAAUGGCCAAGAGCUUAAAAUAGAAGGAGGCCUUAUGAUAAAUUUUAAGAUACACGCCGUACCUCCUACGACCAGGGGGCCCCUUACAACUCAAACAACUCAACCCCGAACAAAACCGGAACCCAAGAUUUAUGAAAUUGGCCCAUAUAUGAUUAGGAAUGUGGGUCAACAACAAUUACUGUUUAACCCAGAAUGGUCUCUUAAGCAUGUCGAAUUGAUAAUACAGACUAAUAUCUCAGAAAUCCAACCAGCCUGUCUUUCUUUCUUAAGAACAUCUUUCAAGGGCUGGACGAUGUGGUCACAAAAACAAACGCACCUUAGGAGCAGAAUGAAAAGAGAUUUAACUGGGGUAUUAAGAACAGGAUCGGGAGUUUUGAAUGGAAUCGAUUCAGAAGUAUUAAUGAACAAGUUGGCCACUGCAACAAGUGAUUUAACAAGGCUAAGGCAGCCUCUACAGUCAUCUUUAUUGGCAUUGGGAACUAGUCAAUGGCAAGUCUCAAAAGUAUUGCCAAGUUGGGAAAAGGAUGAGGACCAAGACCACAGACUAAUACUAGAUGCACUUAGUAUGGUUAAGGAUAAUGUGUCUUUAGCUUUUAGUUGUAUACAAGCACAGUUAUGGAUGCAGGCAACCGCUGCCUUGAUUAUAAGGGAAGGGAAUGAAGGAAUUUUUCCAGUUGAAAUCCGAAAGGCUGUUUGGGACAAAGCCACCAAUUUUGAAAGGAGAUUCCAAUCUUGGUGGACUAUGGUGAAUUUUACCUAUGACCCCACUACUAACAUGGCUACUGCCUUUGUGCUCACUAUACGUAAUGCCACAGUUUAUGUAAUCCAUCCCAUCAUUGCAUUAGGGUUGAAUCAUGAGGAAACAGUGCUCUAUCCUUCAGAACAUAGAGCAUGGGCCCGGAAGGUGAAUGAGAAAUGGCAGACUGUAAACGUGGAAUCUUGUAUUACCCGAGAACAACAGGGGUUCAUCUGUGAAAGUAAUACAAUUGAUGCCCAAGACGUAUGCCUUGACACUGAGCAAAGUAUCUGCCACUUCGAAAUUCACCCAGAUAAUAGUAAGAAAACCGUGAUUGUAUAUACUGGUCAAGGCUGUAUAUGUUUAAGAACCGCUUGCGUAUUCGUAGAGAUAGAUCAUGACAAUGUAACUUUGCCUAUUGGGAAUCAUUCUAAUUUCUGUAUUUGUAACUUUGCUAAGAUCAUUGGGUGUGACUUUGUAUAUUGGGCACCAGUGGUUUCUCACCAGCUGAUAAAAUCUAAAAUCACAGGGUAUCUCGAGUUAUCACCUACACCUAUUGGAAUGAACCUUACAUUAGUAAGGCAAUUAAUUAAACACCAAGACCUGUUAGGGAUCUUAAGAGAAAUUCAGAGAAACGGAGAGAAAACUUUAGUCACUGUUCACCAUGAUACAAAAGAAAUAAACAGGGUUUUGCAAAGAACAAAACAAGAUGCAAGUCAUAACUGGUGGGAUACUCUUUUCGGCUGGUCGCCUUCUGCAGCAGGGAUCCUUAACACUAUGAUACACCCCAUUGUGAUCCUACUAGGUAGUUUAGGAAUUUUAUUAGUAUUAACCAUCAUGUUAUAUUUAUGGGUCUGGAGAAUGUUUAAAAGGAUAACUGCUAUGCAUGAGGCUUUAUACUAUUCAGGAAAAUUGCUGAAGUAAAAGAAUUUACUUAGUAUGAUAAGAAAAGGGGGGAUUGAUACAGGGCCUAGAUAGGAACAGGGGAUGUAAGGGUUAAUAUGGGAAUAGCAAGAAAGGGAUGAGGAGGGAAAUAGUCGAGAUAAGAGUUUGCCUAAUGAUUUGCUAGAAAGUAGAUAGUUUGUAUAACAUGAUGAGCCGAGGUAUGGAGUCUCUAGGUUUUAUCAGUACAAAGCCGGUUGGGACUAGACCUACGGUUUGGACAACAGCCAGUAAGUGACUGAGUCUGCGCGAAGCCUGGGGUCACAGAGCGGACAGGAGGAAGAGGAGCUUGACUUCAUCCCCAAAGACCCAACGACCACCACCAGAAGGCACUGCGCAGACUCAAUUGGGAGGAGAUUUUGGAAAUGCUAAUUUUAAUACGAAGCGGGGAUAGGUAAUGCAUAUGUAUAGGCGUAUUGCGAAAUAUUAUGAAUAUGUAAUCAUUUGCUCUAUAAAUCUAAGGCAACGGUGCCAUAUCGGUGCACGCAAUAGGAGGAGCGAUCCCCUGUGUGCCCAGCGCUGAAUAAACACACCUACUUUACAAUCUA